UGAAGUUGGUAAUCCUAUUAAUGCAAAGGAAUUCGUAGAUAUUGAUGCAGAUAUCUCUUUUGAAAUACUAUUUGACAAAGAUAUAAUUCAUGCAAUUAAAAGUAAAGAUAAUAAACCUCCUCACGAAGAA